CACCGUUGUUGUCGCCAGCGUAUGGCGUACUCCUCGCCAAGCUACACAUUUUACGCGCGUAAAUUUAGAACGCAAAAAUAAACUCGGGAGAAUAAGUGAAACUCUGAAACUUUGUUUAGUGAGAGAUUUAUAUAAAUUAAGCCUGUUUGUGGUAAAUUGUUGCGGUGCCACUUUGUAUUCUGUGCCGUGCGGAAAUUUUAUGUUUUCGCGCGAUUUUAAUUAGGAGAGAUGUAAUGAUUUUCUUCGUGAAUCCGUUUGCGGGGUUUUGGUUAUUCGAAGGAAAUAAAACAUUGGACACCGAAGCGGAAAGUUCAGUCGCCUUUAUUCUUCCGCGCUAAAGACAUAGCUUGUUCCGGAGCAAAACUUUGCCAUGUGCAGUCAAGUGAAAGUGUUUAGUGAACUGUGCGCUAACUGACGCCUGUAUCGAGUGAAGAUGGAGCGGAAAACAGGCCUGCUUGUUGUACUGUGGGUCGCGAUCUUCCCUUUGUACAAGGCUGAUAACCUCGAACUGCUUCUGGGAACACUACGAACACACCAAAAAGCAGCUUGCGACGAGGAGAUGGUCACACUCGUGUGUCCCCGUGGAACAACCAUCAGCAUCCAGGUAGCGCAGUACGGAGCUUCAGUAACCCAGGGAUCGUGUGCCUCAGAGCUGGCCGAGUAUCAACCGGUGGCAGUCGAAGUUAUUGGCGACACGUCCUGUGUCUGGCCUAGUACUCUACAGUAUUCCUUGUUGCAGACAGUUGUGGAGGCAUGUCAGAAGAAGCGGCAGUGCAAGUUCCACACCAGUCCCAAGGCGUUCGGAAUGGACCCAUGCCCCGGUUCCAGAAGGUUCGUCGAGGUCGCCUAUAAGUGCCGUCCUUAUGAGUUUCGAAGUAAAGUGGGAUGUGAGAACGACGUGUUACACUUGAGCUGCAACCCCCACUCGAGGGUCGCUAUUUAUUCCGCUCAGUAUGGCAGGACGGAGUAUGACUCGAUACAGUGCCCUCAACCGCGCGGCAUGAAAGAAGAAACCUGCCUGGAGCCCUAUGCCACAGAAAAAGCGAUGCGAGAAUGCCACGGCAAGAGGAGGUGCGUUCUAUCCGCCGACAGCAAUAUGUUCGGGAAUCCUUGCCGACCCGGCAGCAGAACUUAUCUCAAAGUCGUUUACACUUGCGUUCCGCGUACAGUUCUCAAAGAGAGGUACGAAAGUGCCCCUGAAGAGGACGAGGCUGCUCACGAUGUUUCCGAUCCCGAGCACGAAGAUGUCGACGAAUCAAACGACCGAUGGUGGGGCGAAUCAGCAGUUCCUCCGGCUCCAGCAGUAGCAGCUGUACCCCCUCAACGCCCUUCUACGACGACCGUCUUAAACGCAACCAGCAUAAAUAGGAUCGAACCUCCAGCCGUACCAACGAAUCAUCACUUAUCUAAAGAUGAUAGCUUCGACGUAAUAUACGUCUAUAUAAUAGCGGCUGUGGCUGUGGCAUUGUUACUUUGCAUCAUCGUUGGGAUCAUCCGCUGCGUUAUGCAUAAACAAAGCACUGACCAACCCAAAGGGCCCGACGUGUCUGCCACAACUGAAAUCCCCAACGGAUUCAACGACAGCAUCUCCGAGGUAGACAACGACAUCAACAUAACAAGUCUUUCCGGUCCGGUCGAUUCCGCUGAUUCCGGAAUGAAACAAGAUAUGCAAUUUGGGAAUGUGGCUGUCAGUCCCAAAAUCAAUAGGUACGUCGGUAGGCCAGUUCCUAACACAUAUCCUCACGUCAGUACUAAUAUGUAUGGGCAGGUUGCAGAAUUCCCAAUAGAAAUGCCACUGCGGACUAUACCGAUGCACGGUACUUUAGGCCGAGGAGUUGCGGUCAAAACACUACCGAGAGUCCAAGUGCAAUCAGAAAUAGACCCUAACACGAGAAGUUUAUAUCGAUAUUCGAACGCACAAUACUAUUUCGGGUGACAACAAGAGAAAGGGCAGUGUUCGGACGUAUCUAGGACUUACUGUUUCUAGUUAAAGUGUAGUGAAGUGUAAAUAGAUCAGUGAACUAGUUAGAAGUUUGUAAUGUCCUACUUUAAAAAUACGGAAACUGUGAUAUUAAUUGAAAACUUUCCUAUUGUAUUACCUAAGGUUUAGCGAGUUGUAGACACGGUGUAUUCAGACGUGGAGUUUGAGUUGAAUUAACAAUGAAACAAGUUUGUUGCCCUGUGAGAACUUCACGCAAAGCUACUUUCAAAAACGUUGCUUUUAGACCUCGAUUGUUCAUUAUUACAGUUGUGUUAAAUGUUUUAUUACGUAACGUAUUUUCUUAGUCAACUGGGUUAAUCUCUGCUUGUCCUUGUAAUUUGACUACCCAAUUGACUACUAUUAUAUAUUUUUAUUGAAGGCAUGUUUUAAAAAACUAUCUUUCACGUCCAUCAUAAUAAUUUUGUCUAUAACACUUUGUGUCUACAAUUCGCUUGAAAGUUUAUUGGUAAAUGUUCUGAAUUUUAUAUAGUUGGUUAUCAAUUUGUGCUGUAAUAAUUAACCUUAGUUUAAUCAAAAUUUUAUUUGACACUUUUGAUGCGAGUAUCUCUUUGUUUUUACUAAUUUAACUUCACCUUUCGUUUGAAAUGUUAAUUUUGAAAAUGAAUUUUCAGAAUAGUCAAUCUUUACUCAAAGAGUUUUAACACUAGUCUGGGAAUUCGCAUUAUUCGAAUAUAAAUUAAUUUGAUGCGUAUUCUAGUUUAAUUUUGUUACAUUAUAUAAGUUUAUAAGAACGUUAAUGUUGUAAGGUAUUUAGGGCGGACCGUAGUCUAUCGAAGGUCGUGUAAAAAUAAUUUAAUUAAAUGUAAUGACUUGCAAGUGUACAGAAAACUUUUUAUGUCGUACAUCGAUUUAUUAAUAAAGUACUUAC